AUGCGAGUAUUUAUACAAGCUCGUCCUUGUGACGCGACAGGUCAAUUACUUGAAGAUGGAGCACCCCCAACACCACCUCCAAGCAGAUUGCCUGAUGACUGGACUCCAUACCGGGAUCGUGUUGAGUUUGAGGCUGCAGAAUUCCUGUACACUCGCACCCAAAUGUCCACCGGGGACAUCAACGUCUUACUGGAUCUUUGGGCCGCAACCCUCCUGAAACACAACGACAAGCCACCGUUUGUGGACUGUUGUGAUUUACAUAAGAUCAUUGACAGUACGCCGGUGGGUGAUGUCAAAUGGCAAUCCUUCCAGCCGGCACACGAUGUUCCACCCUGGAUGGAUCAAUCUCAUGAUGUCUGGUAUCGAGACCCCCAUGAGGUCAUUCGGAACAUGUUGGCAAACCCAGAUUAUGCAACAGAGAUGGACUACCAGCCCUACCUCGAGUUCUCAACUGAUGACAAUACACGUCAAUGGCAGGACUUCAUGUCUGGUGACUGGGCUUGGAACCAAGCUGAUAUCAUUUCCAAAGAUCCAGGUACAACUGGCUCGACCUUUGUGCCAGUUAUACUUGGAAGCGACAAGACGACAGUUUCAGUGGCAACUGGUGCUAAUGAUUACUAUCCUCUGUACAUAUCAAUCGGAAAUGUUCAUAACAAUGUCCGACGUGCGCAUUGUGAUGCUGUUGCCAUCAUUGGCUUCCUAGCUAUGCCAAAAACUACAAAGGAGCACGCCUCCUGCCCCACAUAUCAGAAAUAUUGCCGGCAACUCUUUCAUUUGUCUAUCUCGAAGAUUCUUGAGAACCUAAGGCCUGGCAGGACCAAACCAGAGGUUGUGCGCUUUGGCGAUGGGCACUAUCGGUGUGUUAUCUAUGGGCUUGGACCAUAUAUUGCAGAUUACAAAGAACAGGUUCUAUUAGCAUGUAUAGUGCGCUCUUGGUGUCCAAGGUGUAUGUCACACUGCAAAAAUUUGGAUGCCAAGUCGUUGCAUUGUACUCAUGACCAUACAGAAGCACUCAUCGAAGAAGUAUCAUCUACCGACCUGUGGGACAAAUAUGGGAUCAUCCAUGACCUCAUCAUAAGUCACAUGUCUUGCAGUACUACGCCGUUUACAAAUGAUUUUCCUCGAGCUGAUAUAAACCAACUUAUCGCGCCAGACAUCCUACAUCAGUUGAUUAAAGGAUCCUUCAAGGAUCAUUUAGUUGAGUGGGUUGGAAAAUAUCUGCUCCAUGUGCAUGGAAAGAAAGGAGCAGAGAAAAUUCAAGACGAGAUAGAUAGAAGGAUCGCCGUGGUUGCCUCAUUCUCAGGUCUUCGACAUUUCCCAGAAGGUCGAGGAUUCAAACAACUAACAACAAUUCAGGUUUAUCUACCUGCCAUUGAAGGUCAUGUCCCAAUGGAUGUGGUGCGCACAUUUCGUGCAUUUCUUGAAUUCUGUUAUCUUGUCUGGCGUAAUAUCAUUACAGAAUCUACGCUGGUUCAAAUCCAGGAUGCCCUCGACCGAUUCCAUCAUUACAGGAAGGUCUUUGAGUCCAUAGGCGUUGUACCUACAUUCUCCCUCCCUCGACAACAUUCUUGUUCCCAUUACAUCCUCCUUAUCCGACUGUUUGGUGCACCCAAUGGCCUUUGUUCCUCGAUCACUGAGACAAAGCACAUCAAAGCCGUCAAGGAACCAUGGAGGUGCUCGAGUCGCUACAAAGCCCUCGGCCAAAUGCUGGUGACAAACCAGCGUCUCAAUAAACUUGCAGCUUCGCGUAUUGAUUUCAAGAGCAAUGGGAUGCUGAAUGGCACCUGUCUGUCAGAAACGCUUUGGGCAUUAAAAUGCCAACACGCACAAACUAUACCUGCUCUAUCUGCAGAACUUGCUAUCCCCCAUCUCCAUCUCUAUAACAUCCUCCGCCAAUUUCUAUUCGAACAAGUGAACCCAAAUGACCAGCGCUCUCCCUCUGAAGUCCCGCUUGCAAGUUGUCUGCGAUUUGAUGGUAAAAUCCAAGUUUUCAACUCUGCUUCUUCGAUAUUUUAUGAGGCACCCCAGUAUGACUGUGUGUUUGUGAACACAGAUGCAGGUGUCGAAGGGAUGGGAGGCAUGGACAUAGCUCAUGUAAUGAAGUUUUCAUACCCAUGCACUGUAGUGCGUUGGUUUGACAAAGCUGACGACGGACCCGACGAGGACACUGGGAUGUGGAUCGUAAAACCUUCAUAUGAUGAUGGCCAUUCACCGUCGACUGCGAUCAUCCAUGUUGAUUCUAUUUACCAGGCCGCACACCUCAUCCAAUCUAUGGAAUGCAUGCCAUCCCACGGGACCCUCAAGCACUAUGACUCAUAUGACGCCUUCUGA